GAUGGCGGAAGCUCCUCUAUGGCCCAGCCGGUUCUUCUGCCACAGAUGCUCCGCGGAGAUUAGUCCUCGGCUUCCCGAGUAUACAUGUCCGAGAUGUGACUCUGGGUUUAUCGAGGAACUGCUGGAGGAGAGACGCGCUGACAACGUCUCCACGUCUGCCAUCUCCAGCGGGCCCCAGAACCAGCAACCAUUUGAGAAUCCGGACCAGCAAUUGUUCACAUUCCCUUCUGGCUACGGCCAGUUUGCCCUGGGCGUCUUUGACGACCGCUUCGACUUCGGGGCCGGACAGGGAGUGGAGGACAACAGGGACGCUGAAAACAGGCGAGAAAGGGAAACGGCGUCGCGGCAACGGUACGGCGCCAGGCAACCGAGGAGUCGUCAUGGUUCGAGGCGGCAAGCGGGGAGGCAGGAGGGAGUUCCGACCCUCGAGGGAAUCAUCCAGCAACUAGUGAAUGGAAUCAUUGCACCCACUGCAAUGCCAAAUAUCGGUGUUGGACCCUGGGGUGUUCUUCACUCUAAUCCUAUGGAUUAUGCCUGGGGGGCUAAUGGACUAGACGCAAUUAUAACUCAGCUAUUAAACCAGUUUGAGAACACGGGGCCUCCGCCCGCCGAUAGGGAUAAAAUAAAAACUCUUCCUACAGUACAAAUUACAGAGGAGCACGUUGUUUCAGGACUGGAAUGUCCAGUGUGUAAAGAAGAUUACAGUGUCGGAGAAAAUGUGAGGCAGCUCCCGUGCAAUCACAUGUUCCACAAUGAUUGCAUAGUCCCGUGGCUGGAACAGCAUGACACGUGUCCAGUGUGCAGGAAAAGCUUGUGUGGACAGAACACGGCGACGAACCCUCCAGAACUCUCAGGGAUGAACUUUACCUCCUCCUCCUCCUCUUCCUCCGCCUCCUCAUCUUCCUCGACUCCUCAGUCCUCGAGUUCGGCCAGCAACGAGAAUUCCACUGAUAACUCCUAGAGGGGGGGGAUUGGGGGGGUGGGGGGGGGCGUUUAGUCCUCGUCGCCCUGCGAGCUGCUCAUCGCUCCUGGGCUGCUGUUCUUCGGAGCGGUGACCUCCAGUCUCUCCCCGCUGAAGGUCAGAGACCCGAGUGCAUCUCGAGCCUGAUUGUGGGGGGGGGGGAACCUGAUACGCCAGGUUUCACGUCCUUCCUCCCCGUCCUGUUGCGCCCAUCGUCUUCGCCCGGGGUCCGAACAGAGGAAGGACGGAGCCCCGGAGCGCAGCUUCUGUCGGGGAGGAUGUAGAGAAGCCGCGGAGACUUCAAGGGGCCUCGAUCUGCCUGAAGUCGCCUCCCACGGGACGAGAGAACAAAAGAAUCCAAAGGUAAAAGACUCGGGACAACGAGACAGUCGUGGUUCUUUCUUCCUUUCUUUCUUUUUUUUUAAUCCAGACUGUGUGAAAUUUGAAAUGACCCACUUUUUUUGCUCAUGAAGCAAAAAGAACUGUACAUGUAUUCCUUUUUUAUAAUUAGUAUUCAUAUCUCACAGAUAAUAUGACCCAAAGUGCACUGUAGUGCACUCUUACAAGUUUCUUCUUUAUUUAGAAUGAUACUACAUUUGACUCUCAAUUUUAUUCUUAAUCUAAAUUUAUUGAAAUUAUUACCUGACGCCACACAGGUACACAUGUUUGCACUUGAAAUGAUGUGGUAAAUUUCAGUAAUUCUGUGCCGUUUGGGUAUUGAUGCGGAUAUCAUCGAGAAAUUACAUUCGCACAGAUUUUGUGAUCAGCAAAUCUAAAACACUCAGAAACUUGUCAAAGUAUUUUUGGGGGAUUUUAAAAGUAAAGGAUUUUCUGAAGUUGACUAUUGAUUUGCAGUAUGAUUGUGUCAAAAAGAAAAUAGUGAUAUGAAAAUAAAGCUGUUUUUGUGUGCUACCACUCAAAA